AAUCUUUCCCAUGUAAUCGGUGCUCAUCACAUCAUGACUCUUUCCUCAUCCUCGUCCUCUCUCUGUCUUCCCCUCUCUCUUUCUCGCUCUCUCACAAACCAACAAAGUCAUGGUGCGGUUGUUGAUUAGCCCCCAAGAUUAGCACAAAAAUACGCCGAACACAUCAAAGAAUUCCUUCCUGACCUGGCCCCUGCCCCCCCUGUCCCCAAGUCAAAAACAUGAUGGCCGUCGGAAGCAAAUGCUGUUGUUUUCAAAUUUCACGGACUGUUUAACACCUCUCUACUCGUACACACGCGCACACGCUCGGGCGCUCCAAACGAAAUGCGCAACCAAGGCACCAGUACCAGCACGGCCAGCGACAAACGGGAGACCAACCACGCCGGGUCCCUCACUGACACACAGACACAUACACACAAACGAAGGGACCCUUGGAGGCCUUGCACUCGCAAAAACGUUCGCAACAUUUCGUACACCGGAAAUGGCUGCCUGCCUGCCUGCCUGGUUGCCCCUAGGUGGGAAAAGGGACAAAAAGAAACGAUUCCUGACCGCAGACAAACAAGUUUACAGCAACAACAUCAGGAGAGAGAAACAGUUGAGUUUGGGAGGAUGAAAAAUAAUAUUGAGCUAUCAUGCAAUGCUGUUGUUGAUGCUUUCCGAUCUAGCAAUACCUCAGCAACGACCACGAUACCCAGCACCCUCCGCCCAUCCGGCCACAGUUUGUUCCAACACCUCACCCGCUUUUCAUCAAUACAAUCUGACAGUCGCCCAUCGGCGACCAUAACGGCUUUCGAAAAAAAAAUUAGCCGUGGAAAAAACCCAAUUUAUCAAAGAUCAAGAUGCGGAUCCCCACGACCGAACGAUGUUCCAUAUGGGGAAAAGUCGUUGGAAGAUGAUCGACGAUGCCUCCCUUGAGGACGAUCGUUUUCACAUCGACAAGUGAAGCGGAGAGAAGUCGCAAUCUGAACGGCCUUGCACCCCACCUUUUUGGUGCUCAAGCCCGAACGAAAAAGGAAAGAAUCUCGCUCAAGAACGCCUUGCAAUGCUCAUAGAUAGUCGUGACACGGGCAGAAAAAGCAAGAUGGUAGGUGUUGUGUGAUGAUGCACGCAGUGAUCACUCAACCUCGACAAUAUGACCUUUGCCGGGAGAGGUCACGCAGUGCUGUUGAUACACGGCAGUGAAAAGAUCACCAAAGCAUCUAGACUUUGCGGAAGUCUGGCAAGCAUAUCUGCUCGAAUGCCUGAUAGAUCUCCUCGCGGACCUUGGCACCAGUGAGUACGAUCUUGCCGCUCACGAAGAUCAACAAGACGAUCUUGGGCUUGAUCAUGCGAUAGAUGAGACCAGGGAACAGUUCAGGCUCGUACGAGCUGAAAGGGUGAUGCUUUGAUGCCAAACCCUCCAAUCGGAUAGGAAACUUUAUGUCGCAAGAGCCGACAAUGUUCUGGAUCUUGAAAUCGGUGAACUUGGCAUUGAAGCCAAGUUUUUGAAUGAUACGGGCGUACUUGCGGCUGGCAAGUUUCGAAUCAUCUUCCGAUUUAGCACCCGUGACGACCAUCUUGCCUGAGGCAAAGAUCAGAGCGGUUGUCUUGGGGUCUCGAAUACGCAUGAUCACGG